AUGGCUGAACAAGAACAAGAGAGCGCCCGAGUUAGAGCUGAACUAGACGAAAUCAAAGGAGGCAUGUCCCAGAUGCGAGAGAUGCUGCAAGCUUUAACCUUCAGGUUCGAGAUUCCACAAGCGACCGUGAUUUCAGAGACCACGGGCCCAGCAGUGGAAGUCCCACCUCAGAGGACGUUACCCUCAACCCUUCCCCCAUAUGGGCUACCCUAUGACUUCGUCCCCCGAGCGGAGGUGGUGCACGACAUGGGGCAAUCUGUCCAACAAGCUGUGCCAUUACCAGUUUACACCGACGCACGUCCAGUCAUCCAUACUGUAGUUCCACCAACCGCCUAUGCUAGGCAUGUUCCUCAUUAUGAAGAUCAAAACCACAUGUAUCAGACUGUUGACUCAACUGUUGCUGGUGACGAAGUAAGGUUUGAGGACUUCAGGGAGGUAAAGGAGAACAUGCAGCUCCUUGAGAAGAAGUUCCGAGAUCUAGAAGGAGACCACGUGUUUGGAUCUGCUGCCAAAGAAAUGUGUCUUGUAUCCGGUUUGGUGAUUCCAGCCAAAUUCAAAACUCCAGACUUCGACAAAUACAAGGGGCAUACUUGUCCAAAAAGCCAUCUCAUCAUGUAUUACCGCAAAAUGGCUGCACACGUGGAGGACGACAAGCUGAUGAUUCACUGUUUUCAGGAUAGUUUGAGUGGGGCUCCUUCCAAGUGGUAUUUAAGUCUGGAUCAGAACAAGAUCAGGUGUUUCCAAGACCUGUCAGACGUGUUCAUAAAGCACUAUAAAUACAACAUGGACAUGGCGCCUGACAGAAGACAGUUGCAGAGCAUGUUUCAGCACGAUAAGGAGUCCUUUAAAGAGUACGCUCAAAGAUGGAGGGAACUGGCUUCUCAGGUUGAACCACCUCUUGCUGAGAAAGAAUUGGCCGAACUGUUUAUCGACACGGUCCUACCCCAGUUCUACGAGAAGAUGGUUGGAAGUGCUUCUUUGGGAUUCUCCGAGCUUGUUGCUAUAGGAGCUCGUGUUGAAUAUGGUGUAAGGAAUGGAAAACUGGCGGCUGUAGCUGGAACUUCAAAUGCUAAUCCAAAGAAGUUCUCUGGAGGGUUUCCUAGAAAGAAGGAAGGGGAAACAAAUGCUGUGACUGUUGGUCAGGGAAGAGCUCCUCCAAGAAGGAGACCACAACAGUACCCACCUCAGCAAUAUGUUCAACAACCAGUUCCCUAUCAGCAACCCAUGUAUCCCAUCCAGUAUGCUCCGCAACCAUACGUAGCUGCUGUGACGCAUGCGUUCAAUCAACAGCCUGCUCAGGUUUAUCAAGCGCAUCCAGCUUAUCAACCAGCUCCAGUUCAACAACGUGCUGCGGCUCCUCCAGCUUAUCAACAAACACCAGCAGCUCCUGUUUAUCAAUCACCGAGAGCGCAAGCGCCGAGGCAGAAUGCUCAGAACCAAAAUAGGAGACAAGGGGAGAGGGUGACCUUCAAUCCAAUCCUAAUGUCCUACGCUGAGUUGUAUCCUUCCCUAUUGCAAAAGGGGUUGGUGGUUCCCAAACCUUUGGGACCUCCACCUGACCGUCUUCCUCCAUGGUACAACCCUAAUGCACACUGCCCUUUUCAUGAAGGUGCCCCCGGGCAUGACCUAGAGGGCUGCUACGCUCUGAAGCAUAGGGUUCGUGAGCUAAUUGAGAGCAAGAUCUUGUCUUUUAAGGACAUGGGACCGAAUGUGAAGAACAAUCCCCUUCCUCCCCAUGGAAAUCCUGAAGUCAACGCCAUUGAAGACGCUUCUGUUGGUGUUACGGUUGAGAAGGUGGAGGAUGUAAAGACUCCUUUGGUGGCAUUCCAUGCCCGAUUGGUGGAAGCUGGCCUGGUUAAUAUUGAUCAUGACAACUGUGAAGAGUGUGCCACACACCCAAAGGGAUGUCAGGUGGUACGAGACAACAUUCAAGAUCUGAUGGAUAAAGGAGUGCUUCAAGUCUCCAGUGUUGCAAAGAACGAAGACGUGUUGGUAAUUGAACCUUGUUUCAAUUUACCUGAACCAGUUGAAAUCCCAUAUUAUAGUGGUGGAGUGGUCCCGGUGAACAGUAAGUCGUCGCCUGUCGAGAUAUGUAUGCCCGCGCCUUUUCCCUACGAGAGUACCAAGGCUGUACCUUGGAAAUAUAAGAUUACCGCUGUAGACAAGGUAGCUGAUGGAAGUUCAGACGCUGAAGUGACAAAAGCUGUAAGUGAAGACGUCACCAAUAUUGCAGGAAUGAGCAGAAUGACCCGCAGUGGUCGAAUCUAUACGCCCGAUUUCAACGUGACUCCUCAAGGGCCGACCAAGGAAUCAACAGUCGCAGCUCCCACUAAAGAACCCGAAGUGGUCCAAUCCGAAGAUGCUGUUGAAUUCUUGAAGUUAAUCAAGAGAAGUGACUACAAAGUGGUGGAUCAACUGCAUCAAACACCAUCUAAGAUCUCUAUUUUGUCUCUGUUAUUGAGCUCCCAAGCCCAUAGGGAAGCUUUGUUGAAGGUGCUUGCUCAAGCUCAUGUGACACAAAGCAUAACAGUAGACCAAUUUGAUGGAGUAGUUGCAAAUAUCACAGCCUGCAAUACUUUGAGCUUCAGUGGAGAAGAAUUACCUGAGGAUGGACAAAAUCACAAUCGUGCUCUCCAUAUCUCGGUGAAAUGCAAAGAUGAUGCUUUGGCGAGAGUGUUGGUUGAUACUGGAUCUUCGCUGAAUGUUAUGCCAAAGAGAACACUCGCCAAAUUAUCUUAUCAAGGACCAGCUAUGAAGCCUAGUGCCUUGGUAGUGAAAGCUUUUGAUGGGGAAGUUACCUCCACCUUGCAUCAGAAAAUGAAGUUUGUAGUGGAUAAUCAAUUAAUCAUCAUUUCUGGAGAGGAGGACUUUGUGGACCCUGUUGGGAAAGCUUGUUCAUCCUUCGCGUCUCUGAAAAGCGUAAAGUCUAGUAUUGAAGGAGGAAACCCUGAAGGUUGGGGUCAGCUUAUCGAUAUUCGUGAGAAGCAUGAUCGCUUUGGUCUGGGAUAUGUGCCUUCCGCUGCGAAAGGAGCCCGCGUCCCUACAAAGGACAACACCCGAAGCAUCCAGGAAGUAUUCCUCAGCACAGGAUUCAUCCAUGGAGAUCAAGUCAAUGCAAUUGAAGAUAGCACCGCGAAUGAAGAUGAGCCAUGUUUGGUUUAUCGGUGUGAGACAGCUUUGAACAACUGGAAUGCGGUUGAGAUCCCCGAAAUUUUUCCUUUGUCAAAGUAA